AUGUGUUUAGGUGCAUCAGUGGUGGUGGAAUGUGGUGGGAACGGGGUUGGGGCAAGCGGAAUGGAAUCGCAAUUCCGAGAGGAAGUGAAAACGAAUUGGAAAGGCGAGUUUACAGUUAAACUGCCUUAUGCGGUUACGGAUAAAAUCAGGGAUUGUUCAGUUAAGUUGAUUAGAAGUAAUCAACCGGAUUGUCCGGUGGUUGCCACAUCAACUGAAUCGUCAAUUACACUCAAGGCAAAAACCCCGGGAAAUCGUAUUUUUUCAGCUGGGAUUUUUACAUUCCGGCCAAGGAAACAACCAAGGGAAUGUCAAACGGGAACCAGAAACAAGAAUUCCGACGAUGGAAUUAGAGCUGCAACACCAUUCCCAUCACCUAUUGCAGCGGAAACAACAAUGGACUAUACUGAUUUAGCAGACACAAAUGCUUUCGGGCUACCAUUGCCUUACCAGUUUCAACAACCUUCACCGGUUCCACUGUUUUCAUUCCAGCCACCUUCAGCGAUUCCGAUGUUCCCAUUCCAGCCACCACCGGAUUCCAUGUUCGUUCCUGAUCCCCAACCACCACCAGAUACAAUGUUCACGCCGGAUUUUCAGCCACCGCCUGAUUCCAUGUUCGAUCCAGUGCCAUUACAGCCACCACCGGAUUCCAUGUAUGACCAAUUCCAGCCGUCACCAUCUACAUUCACUCAGUUCUUCACACCGCCACCACCUCCACCACCAUCAUUCUUCCUUUCACUGCCGUUUCCACCAAUCCAACAGCAACCAAAUCUCAUUCAAUCUCCGCCCCCACCAUCAUUGCCGCCACCAGCAUUGCUUCCACCAUUCCCUCCAUUCCCAUUUCAGCCAAGUCAAGGGUUGCCUGGAACGCCACCAGGAAUGUCUUCUGUUCAUCUAGAGAAAACAUCAUCUCCUUGA